CAUGAGCCAAGUGAUCUAUCUUACGAAAGUCACCAGCCUGUUCUGUUCCGGAAGGAAAAAACAAAAAAAACUACCCGAAUCGCGAGUGUGGGAGAGAAGUCAGAUUCCGUUUCUAGGAUUGCAGUGAUAUGGAGGUAGCGGAAUUAACCUCGGAACAGGUUUUGGGGAGGGAUAUCCCAUGGGAAACCUACAUGGCGACUAAGCUGAUCUCAGGCACAAGCCUUCAACUCUUGAGGCGUUAUGAUCAUCGAUCGCAAAGUCACAGAGAACAGUUGCUGGAUGAUGAUGGUCCAGCUUAUAUUCGUGUUUUUGUUCAUGUUUUGCAUGAUAUUUUUAAAGAGGAGACUGUAGAAUAUGUUUUGGCAUUGGUGGAUGAAAUGCUAGCAGCAAACCCAAAAAGGGCUAGAUUGUUUCAUGAUAAGUCCCUUGCUGAUGUAGAUACCUACGAACCUUUCUUAAGAUUGCUCUGGAAAGGGAAUUGGUUCAUACAAGAGAAAAGUUGUAAGAUCCUUGCUUCAAUAGUGAGUGUCCGGCCAAAAAAUCAAAAUGGCAUUGUUACAAAUGGAGAAGCAUCAAACUCAAAGAAAUCACUCACUACAAUUGAUGAUGUUUUGACGGCAUUGGUGAAAUGGCUUUGUGAACAGCUGAAGAAACCUUCUCAUCCUAGUCGUGGCGUCCCAACUGCUGUCAAUUGCCUGUCAACUUUACUCAAGGAAUCCAUGGUUAGAUCUUCCUUUGUUAAAGCAGAUGGGGUCAAGUUGCUUGUACCUUUGAUUUCGCCAGCAUCCACUCAACAAUCAAUUCAGCUUCUUUAUGAAACAUGCCUCUGCAUCUGGCUUCUGUCCUAUUAUGAGCCUGCAAUUGAUUACUUGGCUAGUUCAGGAUCCCUUCUGCGACUUAUUGACGUCAUAAAGAGCUCUACGAAAGAAAAGGUCGUUAGAGUUGUUGCCUUGACUUUUAAAAACUUGCUGUCAAGAGGAACAUGGGGUACUCAAAUGGUCGACCUUCAGCUGCCACAAGUUGUUCAGAAUUUGAAAGCACAAGCGUGGAGUGAUGAGGACUUGUUGGAGGCACUAAAUUACCUGGAAGAAGGGCUUAGGGAUAACAUUAAGAAACUAAGUUCUUUUGAUAAGUACAAGCAAGAAGUUCUUUAUCGAAAUCUGGACUGGUCUCCCAUGCAUAAAGAUCCCAUAUUUUGGCGAGAAAAUAUUACCAACUUCGAAGAGAAUGACUUUCAGAUUCUAAAAGUCCUAAUAAAUUUGGACACGUCUGAGCAGCCGAGGACUCUCGCUGUUGCUUGCUUUGACCUUUCCCAGUUCAUAAAUUACCAUCCUGCUGGGAGGGUCAUCGUGACGAACCUUAAAGCCAAAGAACGAGUCAUGAAAUUGAUGAAUCAUGAGAACGCCGAGGUCACUAAAAAUGCCCUGUUAUGCAUCCAAAGGCUUUUCUUAGGUGCCAAGUUUGCAAGCUUUUUGCAAGCCUAGUUCUUUUCUGCUCGGCGAUGGCAAUUUCAUUCAUCAACUCUACAGCUAGCUCGUAUUGGCGUCGACUCCCUUCUGUACCACUAUGUUUAUUCGUUGUUUUUUUUUUCAAAAAAAAAAUAAUUUAUUGACUCUGGCCAUUAUGAUGUCGGUUUGGAAGCAGUGAACGAAUUUGACGUGAGAAAUAAGCAUCUUUACCUCUUAGUCAUUGAAUAAAUCGACGUUUUGUAAGUUAAUAAUGCAGGGUGGCUGAAUAUUUCCGG